CAGAGAAAAAGGUUAGGUUAGAGAGAGAGAGAGAGAGAAACACAUGAAAUGUGCCUCAACAAACGCACACUAGCUUUGCGGUAAAUCACACGCAAACACACACACACACACACACACACACACACACACACUAUACCCUUCCCCCUACCACCGCUGUCCCCAGUCUUUCUGAUUCGAUUCCUUUCAUCCUCUUUUCCUUUCUCUCUCUAAAUCCUCUCUCUCUCUCUCUACAUGCGCGGCGUGUGUGUUUGUGUGUGUGUGUGUGUGUCGAGCAUUUAUUACUGUGAUGCAGGAUCUCUAAAUAUGGUGUGCGUUUGGUGUAAUCCGCAUUCCCAAAUGCCGCAACUCUCUCCCUCGCAUUCUUAAUCCCUACUCUCUCUCUCUCUCUCUGAUAUAAACGAAGAGCAAAAAAAGGAUGUUGAUUGGCAGUGAAUGUGGUCUGAAUUUGUUGCUAGGAUUCGACGAUUCUUUGCAAAAAGUUGUAACACAGACGAUACUCACUCAGGAAGAGAUUUUCAAGAACCAGGUUCUUGAACUCCAUCGGUUGUAUGAAAUUCAAACGGUACUAAUGAACGAACUGGACUUGAACGUGAGGGAUGGAGAAAGGUCAAAUUUGUGUUUCGGUCCUUCUUCAAAGAACUCGAAAUACGAACCUUUAGCAACAGUGAUGAAGUCGAGUGAAGUUCAUACGAUUUGCUCGUCGAGACCUAUGCGAAUGUCUCUGGAUCUCGAACUUCCUGCCAGUCACUACAUUAGUGACAAUGAAGUUUCUGCCAUAACGAAGCAUGAUUAUGCUUUAGAGCCAAACUUCUGUGGGGUAAAUAUGUCAUACAAAAAUAUGUCAGCCAGAAGAAAGCUGUUUCGUUCCCACAAAGAAGGAGAACUGCUGGACCUUAACAAGGCUCUUCCCGAUGAAUCUUCUUCAGGUGUUUCUAACAACGAGGACACCUUUUUCACCGUUCUUGAUUGGAGAAAACCGAACAACUCCACUUUGAUGACCUCAGCAAGCAAAGAUAGUGAUGAAAUUAUUUGUCAAAGUACGUUUCGUGGGCCCCAGUUAGACGCUAAAGGCCACCACGAACCUUUGUCUGAAAUGAAUGUUGAGGGCACAGACAGCAACAGAUCUCCCGUUUCUUGCAAGUCUGAUUCGAUCGCCGAAACAAAAUCUCAGCAGUCCGAUCGAAAAAAGGAAAAAAUAGAUGGAGUUGAUCGAACCGUCAGAGCUGGAGCUGUCUCUCUCGUAUACUUCUCACUGGAAUGUUCAUCCAAGAAGAAUCAAGAUCACUCUAUCGAGCCCAAAAAACGAAAGGAAUGUUGUAAUAGUAAUAAUAACAAUGAGAAAGACGGUUAUGAAAGUUCGUCCGAAUCGUACGAAUCGAUAGUGCUGAGGGAACCGGAGUGCGGUGCGGGUGAUUACGGCAUGACAUCAGCGCUGACUGAAGCAACAAUAUUAUCGGAUAAAAAAGAACACGGGAUGAAACUGAGAAGAGGGAGAAGAAUGAAGGACUUUCGGAAGGAGAUUCUUCCUAACAUGGCAUCUCUUUCGAGAGAGGAGAUACGUGAAGAUAUUAAAAUAAUGCAAUUAGCUGUUCGAUCGAGAGAAUACAAAAAAUACAAAUCCAAGUCCGUUAAGGGUAGUCGCUGCGUUUCAUCGGUAGUGAAAAGUAAGAGGUCAAGAGUUAGUUCUGUAGGACCAAAAUACAAUUCUUGAGAUUCAUUUUUUUUAAAUAAUUUUGAGAGUUUUUUAACAAUAAUUUGAACAUUUUAGAAUGUAAUAAUUUUUCAAUUGUUGUCUUACACUAUA